AUGGCGGCCGAAGGAGGCGGCGGCGCGGCGGCGGCGGAGGAGGCGCGGCGGCUGUUCCAGCGGCUGUGGACGGAGGAGGAGGAGCUGAGAGGUNUGCUGGUGACGGGGACGCCGGGAACGGGGAAGACGACGACGAGCUCGCUCCUCGCCGACGCCACCGCGCUCCGCCACGUCAACGUCGGCGACGUUGUCCGCGACAAGGGCCUCCACGACGGCUGGGACGACGAGUUCGACUGCUACAUCAUCAACGAGGACCUGGUAUGCGACGAGCUUGAAGAAAUGAUGGAAGAAGGCGGGAAUAUCGUAGAUUACCACGGUUGUGAGUUCUUCCCAGAGCGUUGGUUUGACCGCGUUGUUGUGCUACAGACGGACAAUUCUAUUCUGCAUGAUCGCUUAGCUAGCAGAGGCUACAUGGGUUCGAAGCUUACGAACAACAUCGAGUGCGAGAUCUUUCAAGUGCUGCUGGAGGAGGCGAGAGCGAGCUACCCCGAGGAUAUUGUGGUGGCGUUACGCAGCGACAGCGUCGAAGACAUCAGCAGGAACGUGGCCGCGCUGUCGGAGUGGGCGAAUAACUGGCGGCCGGACAUGUCGGUCUGAGUAGCAUAUCUUUCCGCUCGCUCGCUCGCGUUUGUGGGAAUUAUUUGUUGCAGGGUUGCUGACAAUGACCGAACUGUGAGCAAAAAUAAAAUAUUGCUUGUGUAAGUUUACGCCUGUUAUUUUUUCCAAGCAGAUGGUGUGGUGUAAUUUCGGAUAUGCUAUGAACAUGGUUUUGGAUUAUUAUUAUUAUUAUUAUUAUUA